GUGGUCAAGAACAUCACCAAACUCAGUGAAGACUCCAAGCACUCCCAGGCCGACAACACAGAGAAGUCCCAGAGCACUGAGGUGGAUAUCAAAGGUCUGGAGGUUUCCUCUAAAGAGGUUGGGAUCGGUAACCUCGACACCAGUGACUCUGGCGUUGGGUUUAACACCGCCCUCCCUCUGGACACUGACACUGAUGCCGCCGAUCAUAACCUCGACUCUGUGGCUGUAAGCGUCUCUGAAGCCCCGCCAAGCCCCCCGCCCGCUGCUGCUGCUGCCGAGUCCAAGCCAAGCACUCCUCCUGCUGUGGAAGUAAAAUCAAGUCCAGUAGUUAAAACUAAAGCCCCUCCAACACCUGAGCCUACAAAAACCCCCGAGCCCACGAAAACCCCGGAUCCACCAGUUGAGAUUAAGCUAGACGUGCCCAAACCUGCAGAUGUUAAGCUCAGCCCAGCCUUAACCCCUGAGCCUAAGUUUAGUCUGAGUCCAGCUGAUCCAAAACCUGCACCCACCCCGAGCCCAGAGCCCAAAUCACCUGCUCCGAAAGCCCCCUCUCCAUUACCUGAAAGUAAAAGUGCCCUGACUCCAACGGCUGAAAGGAAAAGUGCCCUGACUCCAACGGUUGAAAUUAAAAGUGCCCUGACUCCAACGGCUGAAAGUAAAAGUGCCCUGACUCCNACGGCUGAAAGGAAAAGUGCCCUGACUCCAACGGCUGAAAGAAAAAGUUCCCUGACUCCAACGGCUGAAAGGAAAAGUGCCCUGACUCCAACGGCUGAACGUAAAAGUGCCCUGACUCCAACUCCUGAGCCCUCUAAGCCAACCACACCCGAGCCCAUCACCAACGGUACGCCUGAGCCAGACUCCAAACCCAGCCCGGAUCACAUUGAUAUCAUCGAGGUUCCAAAAGCAGCUCCCCCGAAAACCCCUGAAGUCGAGCCGAAAUCUAGUGGCGCUGCAAUGGAGGCCAGCAAAGAUGGCGCCGUGGCUGAGGAUCCAACCACCACCACCACCUGAGAACUGCCCCUGCAAAACACCAAGGGAAGCCCCACAGAUAUUCUCAAUCUACCACCACUGACAAUCGAACACCCCCCACCAAAUAAUGAAGAAACCACUGAAACCGGAGCGAGGACUUCGGUCCAACAUGUCUAACACCUGAACACAAUAUUACUUUGAUAACGGUAUCUAACUCACAAACUAACACAUAGCCUGUGAGACUUUUUGAUUCAUAACAACGUAUACAUAUACAGUAACAGAUGUGGCUUGUUGUUAAAAUCUGUUUUUUGGUAACUUUAUAUUAGAACUGUCAGACUGCAAAUUAACUCCUUUGCAGAGUUUACAAAUAAAACUCCACAUAAGGUUUUUCUAACAUAAUAGCCAGAGAGGUUUACAACAUUACAUUAAAACAAAAAUAUACUGGAAGUAUAUUGUCAGACCUAACUGUUUCCAAUCUAAAAUGCUUGUUCCUCUAUCAGCAUGUGGAUAAAAUGCAUGAAAUUUACAGCCACUCAGAUUUUUUUUUUAGAUUGGACGUCAUCAAAACAAAAAGAUUAAAGCGCUUUGUUAACACGCUGUACAUACUGUUGCAGAAAUAAAGCCUCUGAAACAUCUGCAAUACAUGAUCACAUAUAGGACAACAAUUAGUUUUGCGUAACUUCACCAAACUAAUAAUACUAACUUUACUAUUUAUAGCCUCUGAUAUUGAUAUUCAGUCUCCCAAUGGAUAUCUCCGCUGAUUAAAAUGUGUUUUGCCGACUGAUCCCUAAAGUCCGGAUCAACCACUUUGCUGCCUUUGAUCUGGAUUUCCCCGCGGCUCUAUAAAAGUCCCAUUAUUCCUUCAGUUUAUUAGCAAGCUUAUAACAGCAGCAACUCCAGCACUUAAUAGGACCACCAUGUACCCGCUGUGUUUCCAAGGUGAAACCCUGAAUGAAAACGUCUGGUGAGGUCAAAAGUUAGCACGUGCUAGCUUGUUUCUUCUUUUUUUGUAUCCCUUUCUCCUUUCCUUCGCGGAGAAUUACUUACUUAAAGGGACAGAACACCCAAAAACACAGAAGGCAUAUUUGCUCUGUUAUGAUAUCUGUGGUGCUGUUCAGUAAUCUAAAUCGUUCUGGUGUGUGUUGCCAAGUGUUGGAGAUACCUGCCGUAGAGAUGUCUGCCCUUCUCUUAAAUAUAAUGAAACGACUUAGUACUUGGCUUGUGGUGCGCAAGUGUGCCAAAAAUGAAUUUAGAAAACACAACAGCAAUGUUUCUUUCUAAGUUUCUUUUACUAAAGUACACCUGCUACAAAGGGAAGCGUGCAUCCACCUCCCUUUGCACGUGUAAUUUGUCAGUAAUGAAGUUGUUUCUACAUUAAACUGAUCGUAACAAGGUGUGUGGAUUAUCUUGAUUAUUGUGAUAUCUGGAAAGAAAUAUUGCUGAUGAGUUUUUUUUUAAAUCUACAUUGAUACAUGUUACCGGAAGUAAGAGCAGAAAAUUAUUUUGCGGUGUCUCUUAAAGUACACAGCUUUUGACAGAGAUUUGAUUAAGAUUUAUUGUUUCUUUCCAACUAGAUAUUUCCUCUGAAGUAUUUGGUUGUGUUGACAGUGACUUAAAGUAGUUCCUGUUUCUUUAAUGGUUCAAAACACUUCAAUGACGCAUUCAUGGAAGCCACAGCAUCAUUUGUGUGGCUGUUUAACACAGAUCAAAUGUAGCUGAACCUCCUGUAUAGUAGAGGGAGGUGUGCAGAUACAUUUUAGUGUUACAAAAUGCAUGUCUCUGCCUCAUAUUUUAACCAACCAAUGGAAAGUCCAGGUUAAUUGCACGGAAA